AUGGUAGCAACCGAAACAAACCACUUGUUGAAGGGCAAGAUUCUCUGCUUCUCGAGCAGGAAUCAUCACAUGAACAUUCACCACAGCAAGACCUGUUCGUUAUCACUACUAAAUCAGAUGCAAAUCAGUGUUCCGAGAACCUUAGUUUUUGCCUCAGCGAACCGGAAAGGCGAAGCUGAGAGUUGCAACAGAUUGGAAGCUAUCUCUAGUGAUAAAGCCUCAACAGAUAGUACAUGGAGUUUCGACUUUCCAGAGUCUAAACUUGAGUCUUCUCCUCAUCUAGACUCAGAAUCAUACCUCUCUGGAGGAAGCAUUACAGACCAAAACGUGGCUACUGUUCUCGAUAAACUCAAUGCUCUUCGGUCUCAUCUAUUAGCAUCAGAGAAGUGGAACGCUUCUAGACUUCAUUCAUGUGACAGCAAGUAUCUGGAAUGUGCAACAAACUUAAUUCAUUAUAAGGCUUUGAGGUCUCUAGACAUUGAGCAGCUCAAGAGCCAUCUUGCUUCUCUUGGUCUGUCAAGUUUAGACAACAACAAUCUUGCUGUCCUCUCCAGCCUUGACGCCGCCAUUAAUCUCUUGACGAACUCUCCUUAUAAUAGCAAACAAAAUGCUGUGACAGAAUCUUUGAGUAAUGCAUAUACCAAGAAGCAAAAGAGCAAGAGUGCUAAGAAGAAUGAUAAAGAGAGAGUAUUGUCAUAUAAAGAGUUGUUACUCGGUAAACCUCGUGAAGGAAGAAGGACUCAUAUCAUGGUAACUGUUGGCAAAGAAGCAACUGAGAGUGAAACUUUCAUUACAGAUAUUCUCAAAGCCGGAGCUUCUGUGAUUCGUAUAAACUGCGCACAUGGAAACCCGAGCGUUUGGGGUGAGAUCAUCAAAAGAGUGAGAAGAGCCUCUCAGAUGCUAGAGACGCCAUGCCGCGUUCUUAUGGAUUUAGCAGGACCAAAACUUAGAACCGGCACGCUAAAACCUGGUCCCUGCGUGAUGAAAGUUUCACCAAAGAAAGAUGCUUAUGGAAACGUUGUUUCUCCUGCUUUGGUGUGGCUCUCGCUAACAGGAACAGAACCUCCUGCUCACCUUUCUCCUGAUGCUACUGUAUUCGUGCAAGACCGGGGUUUUCUUGCUGGUCUCCAGAUUGGUGACUCUGUAAGAUUCUCUGACGUUAGAGGGAAAAAGAAAGUGCUUAGAAUCUCAAAAGAGUUUGAUGUUUUCUCUAGUACUGGCUUUGUGGCUGAAUGUUUUGAGACUGCUUAUAUCGAGUCUGAAACUGAGUUAUGCGUAAAGGGAAAGAAAGGGAGACGUUUGGUUGGAGAAGUAGUUGAUGUUCCUCCUAAAGAAUCAUUUGUAAGGCUCAGAGCUGGAGAUUUACUAGUCAUAACCAGAGAAGGAUCGUUCGAUGAUGAACGUUCUGUAACUACUCUUACUCCAGGAGCUCAUAGGAUCACUUGUCCUUCUGGUUACUUGUUUGACUCAGUGAAGCCUGGUGAAACCAUUGGUUUUGAUGAUGGCAAAGUCUGGGGGAUAAUCAAAGGAACAAGCCCUUCAGAGGUGAUUGUCUCCAUCACUCAUGCUGGUGCAAAAGGGACGAAGCUAGGAUCAGAGAAGUCUAUCAACAUCCCGCAGAGCGAUAUUCGUUUCAAAGGCCUUACGUCGAAAGAUAUCAGAGAUCUUGAGUAUGUUGGCUCACAUGCUGAUAUGGUUGGCGUUUCUUUCAUACGUGAUGUCAAUGAUAUAACCGUUCUUCGAGAAGAGCUCAAGAAGAGGAAACUGAGUGAUCUUGGUGUUGUUCUCAAGAUUGAGACGGAGAGCGGGUUUGAGAAUUUGUCUUUGAUUCUGUUAGAGGCGAUGAAGUGUUCGAAUCCUUUGGGAGUUAUGGUUGCUCGAGGUGAUCUUGCAGUGGAAUGUGGAUGGGAGAGAUUGGCUAAUAUACAGGAAGAGAUUGUAGCUACUUGCAAAGUUGCUCGUGUACCGGUGAUUUUGGCAACGCAGGUGCUUGAAUCACUUGUCAAAUCUGGUGUUCCAACUCGAGCUGAGAUCACAGAUGCUGCAAAUGGCAAAAGAGUGAGCUGUGUUAUGUUGAACAAAGGCAAGAAUAUUGUUGAAGCUGUUUCGAUGUUGGAUACUAUUCUUCACACCAAGCUUGUCUAUAAGAAACAAGAUUCUGUAAAUCUCCAUGGCUCUGCUUCUCACCACAAAGAGAUGUUGUAG